GCAGGUUGGCCACUACAUCACGGCAUCAAAAUUCAAGGUGUAGAAGAAAAAACGUAAACUUGUCAAGUCAGUUCUCAACAUGGCCGAAUCAACAAUAAAGUCGGGUCUUCUAACAAAUAUAGUUUUGGAAAUAGUCCAAAGCCCUAUAAAUCUCGCUCUAGUGUUCCUCAUAUUCUUCUUGUUAUAUAAAAUAUUCCGCCGCCAAACCGAAACUCCUGUUCGACAAGUCGUCCCGGACUUGCCGAAACUGAAGAAAAGAGACUUUACAGUGGAAGAGUUGAAGAAGUACGAUGGUACCCAGGAGGACGGUAGAGUUUUAGUGGCUGUGAAUGGCAGUGUAUACGAUGUUACCAAAGGAAAAAGGUUCUACGGUCCAGGGGGCCCAUACGCAGCGUUUGGAGGAAAAGAUGCAUCCAGAGGUUUGGCUACAUUCUCAGUGUCAGCUGCUGGUGAAGGCUACGAUGACUUAAGCGACUUGAGCACAGUCGAAAUGGAUUCUGUUAGGGAGUGGGAAUCACAGUUUAAAGAGAAGUACGAUCUAGUUGGUAGACUGUUGAAACCGGGAGAACAGCCAACCAACUAUUCAGAUGAGGAGGACGAACCGUCUGCAACUGGCGACAAGUCGAAGGACGAUUAAAGUCGUACUACCGCAUCCCAUGAAAAAAGGCUGAGAAGAGAGGUUUACAUACCAAUCUGUAAAAUUAAAUACAGAAAGCACUUAAUUUUAUAAGAUGUCUUUGGCUUUUUACUUUGUAUUAAUAUUUUUAAAAUAGCCGGUGUUAUUCCAUGGAACUUAAACUUAUAAAUGUAUAAAUUUUAUAUUUUUGUCAUUGUGCUUAAAGGAUAUACAAUGUCUAGGGUUUGGUCAUCAUAAAAUAAUUUUAAUGCGGCAUGACUUUUAUUUGUGCCUGUUUUGGAAGUUUUUGUACAUAAUGGCUGUAUUUUAAAAUAUAUAUUCUACUUUAUCUGCAUUUUUAUUUAUUUAAUGAUGACCACGUUACAAGAAUAUAUACUAGACGAUUCAGUUUGGGUAUUUUUAAGUAAAAUUGAAUUUGAACUGUUCCAUUUGCAUUCUAAAAUGUUUAUUUAUUUAAAUUGAUGCUUCAGUCGUCCGUAAAACAUUAAAUUCUUGUUUUAAGCUGCGAUGUGCAAUAUUUUACAAGCCGCUCUCAAAGGGACUGGCGGAGUUGCUCAGGUGAGGAAAAAUAUAUAAAAUUAUGCACUAAUUUUUCGACACUUUGGUUGGAAGAUUGCAGAUUUUAAAUUAUUUAUAAUAAUUGUCCAACAGUGUGUCGUUUUAAUUACCAAGGAUAAACCUAUGUUUGGGUGGAGGCGAAGUAUUACUAUUAUAUACGUUGCAUCAGUACUGAUAAGUUCGAAUAAUAAAAACGGAAGUGUAUGCGAUCUUUCAUUGCUUUCGUCAAAGUUGUAUUCAUAUGGAAAAAUUUUAAAUAAGAGUAAAGUUCUGCUGCCUUUCAUUUUUAACAGAGGUUUUAUUGAAUGUUAUAUGGGAGAUGGUUAUUAGGGAUAAUUUAAAUAAUCAUUUAUGGUUUUAUGUGAAGCUAGAAGUGUACAAACUAUUCCAGUCUGUUAUUUAUUUAAAAGGUUUUUUUUUUUGAAUCUGAACAUACAGAUUCAGAUUUCAUAAAAAAACUGAUAUUUUAAAAAAUUAUCAAUUUGUUACAUAUUUAUUUCAUUGUUAUUUUUAUAUUUUAUGCUUAAUAUAAGUAAGAGAAAUAACAUUUUAACAAUUUAUAAAAGAAUUUGAUUUGUGGGUCAUAAAACGUACAGUGGUACAUUUUCUGUUCAAGUACUUAAUAUACAAAUUUUUUCAGUGCGUAUUUAUAAAAAGACAACAGUUGAAAUGACUUAUAAACCACUUCUUUGGCCUGCAAAAUAAAAAAUAUAACUUUAAUUGUAUUAUUAGGGACUUGGUGUCUUGCAUUUAUUUAGUAAUCGUUUCAAAUAAUUCGAUUCUUUGUAUUGUAAUUAUGGAGCUUAAUAUAUUGGGAAAUAACAUUAUCUUAAAACAAUUGGAUAUUAAUUGUACAGAUAUGUUGACAAGAUAUUAAGCAAUAUUAUAUUUUAAAGGGUUUUAAUAAAAAUGUACAUAAAUUUGUUG